AUGUGUAUGCUGAAGUUCUGGAGCAUCUGCGCGGUUCUGCUCUUCUUGGACCACUCCCUCUCACUGCAAUGCAAAUGGACGCAGUAUAAACUGGGGAAACUAAAUGCAGAAUGCAUUCAGCUUCUGACCGACAUGGGCGGAAGUUUUCCAGCCGAGUGCCUGAAAGAAAACGUCAAACUCAUGUUUCCAGAGGGUGCCUACGACACCACGAGCGAGCCUCAGGUCAUCCAUCACAUCAUGAACAUGACACCCGAGAACAUCGCCUGCCUGUGCGCCCUGCUCUGUGUGUCACAGGUUUUGAGUGCGCCGAUAAAUUGUCGUCUGGAUGGAACCCGAAUUCAGACCUGCCACAAUCUUCUAAAAGACAUGGGGGGCACUUUCCCAGGAGAAUGCAUCAAUGAGAAUGUCCUCAUAACUUUUCCAGGGUCCGCUUUUGCGUCCAAUGGAACCGCUGAGCAGAACGACAGCGUCCGGACUGCCGUUUAUCAAACUCUGCACAGCAUCAACUCCCUGUUUGAAAACCACGACUUACCGACGGAGUGGGAUGAAUCUAAGUUAAACAACUUCCAAAAUAUCAUCAACGGCCUGGUUGAAAAAAACAAAUGUAACUCUUUCUGCGCGUGGGAAGUCGUGCGGAAGGAGCUUGUCCGCACCCUGCUUUACAUCCUCGAACAAAAAGCGGAAACAUGA